AUGAAUACUGAAAAAAAAAUCAAUAGAAGAAAGACUAGAAGUGCUUCACAAUAUGGGCCUCAAUAUGACACCUGGAAGGGUCAAGUUACCAGUAAUUUUGACCAUGAGCUUCAUAAUAUUUAUAUAGAAGGAGAUCAUACAGAAAAAAGAAGAAAAUGUAGAAACUUCAAUAACAAGGUAGAUGACACAAAAGAAGAAUUUAUUGGAGAAAAAGUGGACGAAUUAAACGUUCAGGGAAAUCCUGAUAAUGCAUGGAAUGAAAUUGAGCAAUAUAUAAAUACAAAAAUGAGUCAAUAUAGCAAUCUUAAAUGUAUGAGAAUUCCUAGUAUUUAUCCAAAAGAUGUAAGAGAUAAAAGGAACAAAAUAAUGUAUUUCUGUGAAGAUAGAGAUAAACAUUUUUAUUCCCUAAAAAUGAGCAAAAAAAAGGAUGAUUGUUUAAAUUAUAAUCAAUGGAUAAAUAAUGAAAAGAAUAAAUUUCAGAAAGAUAAUCCAUGGAGUAUAAGUGAUAGCAAGGGAAGUGAUCAAGCUUUUAAAACCUCUAACAAUUGUACAUUGAUCAAUAUGGAUAUGUUUUCCAAUGAGAGUUGUGACAAAUAUAACCAGAUCCCACAAAAAACCAGUAGUUCACAAAGCCGACAACGUUCAGGUUCUUCUCUAAUUACACAAAAAACUCCUAGAAGUACAACAACGCCUAUCAAAACUGCUCUACCUACUGCUACCAUUAACCCUACAACUAUAUCUAUGCCUGCACUCACAACCACAACUACACCUACACCUGCAACUAAAUCUGUAACUAUACCAAAAUCUACAAAUACAUCUACAACUACGAUCACACCACCACCUAUACCUCAAUCUACAACUAUAACCACAUCUCCAUCUACACCUUUAUCUACAACUACAAUCCCAUCUCCAUCUACACCUCAACCUACACCUUCAACUACAGCUAUACAAGCCACUACAACUACGUCUACAAAUGUACCAACUCAAAAUAUAUCACUAAGACCUACUGUAAAACCUACAAUUACAUCUGCACCUAUCUCUACAAAUACACCUGCACUUUUAACUACAAAAGCCAUUACACCUACAACUCCACAAGCAACUACAUCUAAUCAUUCAUCAACAACUACACCUUCAUCUAUAACUAUACCUCCACCUACCUCUAUAACUACACAAGACAAUACAUCUACUACUACACCUACAACAGCACCUGUAUCUACGUCUACACCUAAAACAGCAUCUAUACCUUCAUCUACACAAGCAACUACACCCAUAUCUACAAAAGUGCCUAUAACUACACCCUCAAAAGUAUCAAAAGUUAAAAAUGCAUCAUCACCCCCAUCUACAUUAAAACCUAAAACUAUAUCUACAACUGCACCUAAAACUACGCCUACAUCAACAGCUGCAUCUACAAUCACACCUACAUCUAUACCUUCAACUACAUUAAGUACUACUUUUCAAAAUAAAAGUCAUGGGAAUAUAUCUUCAAGUAUUCCUAUUAAAAGUUCAUCUACAGUAACUGAAUCUACAAUUAUUUCUCUUUCAGCUACAUUGGGACCAUUUUUGGGAAUUCUUAUCCUUUUUAUAUUUGUGUAUAGAUGCACUUCCAUUGGCUCGUGGCUUGGUAACCGUAGAUCAAAGAAAAAAAAAACACAGAAAAAAAAGAAACAAAUACAAAUAGAUAGUGAAUCAAUAUUCCCAGGAUUUUCCGAUAAAGAAUCAGAGAUCAAUAUGAAAAACUUUCCAAUAUGUAAUGAGAAAAACAGUCCCACAUGCGAAAUUGCAUUGGAAAAUGAAAAUAAUGAAAGAAAUAUAGAAGCAAAGAGCAAUAUUGUAGAAAGAAGGAAAAAGUGGAAAUGGAAGGCUGUAAUUGAAGUACAUAUGAUGGUAUUAGAGGAAUUCCAAAAAGAGGAGUGGGAAUUGAAUAGAAG